AUGUACGUCAAUCGCGCUUGGCAAGGUUAGUUCUUUUUGCUUUAAUUUUAGGCUGAACAUUUCGUUUCGAUCGAUAGCCUCUUCCUUACUUGUGAGGCUCAAGAUUUGAUAGUUUUUGGCACAAUUGGCUGCCUCUAGUUAGUGUCUAGUCACGUAGGCUAUGGUGAAUCGAAAUGUGUCGUAGAAGUAAUAGUUCCUCUGUGCUCAUCCUUAUGUCUUGCAGGAAGACGAUCAACUGUCCGUAAAUAUGCGGAGGAGUUCCCGAUGUUGGAUCAAGAAGCGCCCGUGGAACAGGCACAUGUGGAACAAGUGCCCGUGGAACUUGUGGAACAAGAUCCAGUGGAACUGGUGGAACAAGUGCCCGUGGAGCUUGAGGAUCAACAGGUCCCUGUCCCAAAACAGACGCCGGAAAGACCCAAGCGUCGAGGCCAAAUGAACGGCCGAAACGACAGACAGGACUGGCCGGGAUACAAACCGCCGGUUCCAAUGUGGGCGAAAAGGUACGCUCAGUUCGGCUCAGACGACUGGCAGGCUCAAAAGGACCAGAGACACAGGAAGGAGCGGGAAGCGGGUCUCGCCGAACGGACCGAGAAGGAGAAUCUCGAGAAGGAGAGCGAAAUAGGUCAGUUGUGGGGUGGAUUGGUAUGAUUCUCAAAAAUCGUUGUGAAAUUUCUAGAGUUUUUACUAUUGGAAUUCUUUGACAUUUGAAACAUAUUCACUUUCAGAGCAGCCAGAAAAAGAUGCCUACGACGAGUGGCUGAAAGAGGGAAUUGCGCAAGGGAAACGUGAGUUUGUUCGUGAACCAAUCAGUAUAAAAUCAGUUCCUUUGCAGGCGAACAAAGACCGGUUCAAAUGGUUCCGGACAUGUUUGCGUGGCAUUUUGUAAGGCGACAUCGUUAA